CACCUGGGGACUCCUGGAUGCUCACGAUGUCCAAAGGGAGACCUCUGUCAUGGACAGGUCGCAGAUAUAAAGGGCUGCACAGGAAUUGAGAAAUAUCCUUGGAGUUAAGCCUGUGGUGGAAGCACAAGAAUGGACAGAAAGCAUGGAAAAUAUGUAGUAAAUGUUGAACGCUCUGAAAACCAGUCUCCAGUCACAUGUUCAGAUGACCAAGAGGCUCACAGCUCUGCAUGCUGGCAUCGACCUUCAAAUGACACAACCGGUCAUAUCUCUUCCAACUUAACUGGACUGUAUGUGAGCCCAGGAGUCCUUGUACACUCACGAUGCCCACACAUAGAAUUAUCUAAUACACAGGUAAAAGGAAAUUGCUGUAAUAACUGGUCUCUGUGGGAAGUCUUUUUGGCUUGUUUCUUAGCCUCUGUGAUAACAACAGCAAUUGGAGUACUCAUAAUAUGCCUGGUGAACAAUAGAGGAAGUGACAAUUCUCCCAUUACUAGCCAGCUACCCUCCAACAAUGACAUUCCCAGAAUGACAUCUACUACUACCAAACCUGCAGUGACCACCACUUCAACUGAACCUACAACUAUAACCACUUCCACAGAAUCUACAACCACUGCAAUGUCCACUGAACCUACAACCUCCACAGCCCCCACCACCGCUACAACAGGACCUACAACCUUGAUAGCCCUCACAGUCACUACAGCAGAAUCUACAACCUUGGCAGGUGCCACCAUCACUACAACAGGAUCUACAGCCUCAACAGGUGUCACCAACACUGCAACAUGACUGACAACCAUCACUACCACUACAACCAGACUUACAAACACAACCUCAAUCACCCCUUAAAGGAAACCCACAGGUACAACAGCUACCACUAUCACUUUAACUGAACAUACAACCAUGAAAACUACAACCACCACUUCAAGUGAAACCCCAGCUAAUGCCACUUUAACAGAAUCUACAACUGUUGCAACUUCAGUAAUAACAAAUGCCGUUAUAGCUUAAUCUUAGUGGACAACCAAAACAGUUA